GCCGAGCGAGUCCUCGUCACUCCUGUGCUGUGAGCCUUCGCGGCAGGUCCUGACCGCGUUCUUCCUCCGAUUUCGGUCGCCUUCUUCAGUCGCUAUCAGUGGCGUUCUGGUCGCGCUGGACUCUGCUCCGCCAAGUGGCCAAAAUCGAGUUUUUGUGAAUGAAAUUCGCGAGCGAACUCAGCGAGUGAAUGAAUUAGUGAAUGGACACGGUGUCGUCAAAGAAUCGCGAAUAAAGUGAUUGCAACAAAAAGAAGUGCUGUACUAAUAAAUUACUCAAAUAAAUGAAUUCUCAAAUGUACUUGCAAAAAUGCAUUAAUAAUAAAUCGAGGGUUCGAACAUUUUCAAAAAAAUACACUUAAAAGCUAAUGUUCGACAGGAAUCUGGCAAAUCGAAUCAGCUGCAGAAAACCAAACGAGUUAACGCAAUGCGGUGCUUCUUGUGCGGGUUGGAUAUCCUUGGUCCUGGCUGGUCCUGGUUUUGCGGCCAGAGCGUCCUGCCUUCGUUAAGUGAUUAAUCAUGCUCGUAUAUUUUCCAAGUGAAAUUCAAUUUGGACCGCAACGUCAGUGCAAGAACCACAACAGCCGUCCGGGCUACAGCAAAAUAUAAGGAACACAAAACUGAAAAAUAAGGCACCGGAAUUUUCGAAGGACAUCGCCACGGGGCAACGACAAAGGCAACGGCAACGGCAACAGGACGUGCAGCUGCAGCAUCGAUAGAGAGAGUGGAGGCAGGAGGAACUGCAUCCGACGCUUGGCAGCCCGGCGGCGAGUCCUGCUGAAGGACAUGAAAAUGCGCUUCAUUAAUUUGGCUGGCAGCCGCGGACUGCAGCAGCAGGAGCAACCGAAGGACCAGGAGCAGCAACUGCCAGGGAAAUUGGAACAGGAACAGGAACACCAACAGCAACAGAAACAGCAACAGCAACUCGAACUGGAACAGGGACUCGCGUCAGCUGCAGCGACACAGCACUGAGUUGCAAUGGUGGAGGACAAUGGUUCGUCGCCGGAAGCGGAAGGAGCGGAAGGAGCCGGCGCACCCCUCCUGGCGCUCCUCCGGGUGGAUGGGCUCAAUCAGACGCAGACCCGCUCGCCCUCGCCGUCGUUCUUCGGCAGCUACAACAUCUCCGAGGACGUCUACUUCUACUUCAAUGGGUUGCCCACGAGCACGGAGCUCGUCCUGAACGCCACCACCUCCGCCACCAGCACCACCUUGAGUCCGGGCUUGGUGGGAACAGGAGGUGGUAGCACCACCACGCCGGAACCCGAUCUAUCCGAGUUCCUGGAGGCCCUGCCCAACGACCGCGUGGGUCUGCUGGCCUUCCUCUUCCUGUUCUCCUUUGCCACCGUUUUCGGCAACUCCCUGGUCAUACUGGCCGUCAUCCGGGAGCGGUACUUGCACACGGCGACCAACUACUUCAUCACCAGCCUGGCGGUGGCCGACUGCCUGGUGGGUCUGGUGGUCAUGCCCUUCUCGGCGCUCUACGAGGUGCUGGAGAACACGUGGUUCUUCGGCACGGACUGGUGCGACAUUUGGCGGUCUUUGGACGUGCUCUUCAGCACCGCCUCCAUACUGAAUCUGUGCGUGAUCUCACUGGACCGCUACUGGGCCAUCACGGAUCCCUUCAGCUAUCCGAUGAGGAUGACGGUCAAGCGGGCCGCCGGACUGAUAGCCGCCGUCUGGAUCUGCUCCAGUGCCAUUAGCUUUCCGGCCAUCGUGUGGUGGCGGGCGGCAAGGGAUGGCGAGAUGCCCGCCUACAAGUGCACCUUCACCGAGCACCUGGGCUACCUGGUCUUCUCGUCGACGAUAUCCUUCUACCUGCCGCUGCUGGUGAUGGUGUUCACCUACUGUCGCAUCUACAGGGCAGCCGUGAUCCAAACGAGAUCUCUAAAGAUUGGCACCAAGCAGGUGCUCAUGGCCUCCGGUGAACUGCAGCUCACAUUGCGCAUUCAUCGGGGCGGCACCACGCGGGAUCAGCAAAAUCAGGUUUCCGGCGGUGGAGGUGGCGGAGGAGCAGGCGGCGGUGGCGGCGGAUCAUUGAGCCACUCGCACUCCCAUUCGCAUCACCAUCAUCACAAUCACGGCGGUGGCACGACGACCUCCACGCCAGAGGAGCCGGAUGAUGAGCCACUAUCCGCACUGCAUAACAACGGACUGGCCCGCCAUCGGCACAUGGGCAAGAACUUCUCGCUGUCCAGGAAACUGGCCAAGUUCGCCAAGGAGAAGAAGGCGGCCAAGACGCUGGGCAUCGUGAUGGGCGUGUUCAUCAUCUGCUGGCUGCCCUUCUUCGUGGUCAAUCUGCUGUCCGGGUUCUGCAUCGAGUGCAUCGAGCACGAGGAGAUCGUCUCGGCCAUCGUCACCUGGCUCGGCUGGAUCAACUCCUGCAUGAAUCCUGUGAUCUACGCCUGCUGGAGCAGGGACUUUCGCAGGGCCUUUGUGCGUCUGCUGUGCAUGUGCUGUCCUCGCAAGAUUCGCCGCAAGUACCAGCCCACGAUGCGUUCCAAGUCGCAGUGUCACGUGGCCGCUGCAAUGGUGGCCGCCUCCACCUCCUUCGGCUACCACUCGGUGAACCAGAUCGACCGGACGCUCAUGUGACGGCAGCUGAGCAGUUGCAGCACCUGCAGCGGUGGCAGCAACUGCGGCGGAUCCCGUUCCGCCCACCACCAGCACCACUCCUCGGGCACGGCCACGCCCUCGUCCUCGCAGCGAUCCUGCACCAGAUGCCAGAGCUUCCACCGUCACCACCAUCGCUCCCGGCGCCGCAGCUCGGGGAUGCAGUUGCGCGGCGACUACAACUCCACCACGGCGGUGAACAGCGCCCUGGCCAAGACCAUUGUCACCAUCAGUGCGCCUCCAGUGGCGGCUGCCUCGGCCAGUUCCCUGCACUUGGGCGUCGGCGGACGUCCUUCCUCGGUGUCCACCCUAACGAUCGCCUCGGUGCCGCCCACUUUGAGUGGCAGUGGCAGUGGGAGUGGGGCCACUACUCCACUGGCGCCCAGUCUCAAGGCCCUGACCCCGGGACCCGCCAACUCGUCGGGUCACCACGUGUCCUUCAUGCCCAUGACGGGCAUGAAACGGUUGCGCAGCUCGAACGCCUCACUGGGAUCUGCGAAUGGUAUCAUUAGCUCUGUGGGCGGAGCAGACACCACCUCGGCGCCCUCGCUCAUAGAUGCAGGUGAGGACCAGGUCCAGAUAAGAAACCACCACAGGAUCCUGGAGCAGUGCCAGAGUGUCCAGAGCCAGAUAACUACGCUGGGAGACGUGGAGGACGACGAGGAGGUCAGCGACAGCGAGAGCGAGAGCAUCGGACUCGCUCUGGUGGAGACCACGCCCCAACUGGAGAGCCAGCCCGCGGAGGCAUCGAGUUCCUCCAGCUCCUCGGUCAAGUAAACUCAGCAAACGGCACCACGGAAACAAGCCCAUACAUUAGCUCUAAGAUUCAACCAUAUUCAUAGGUGUGUUUAUCAGGAGCGUUCGAUGGGAAUGGUAUGAUAUGGACACUUCUAAGCCAGUCGGAUUUUUAUUCCCUAUUUCUAUUCUACCAGCUCUUCAGGUUUCAGUAAAGAAUGUCUACCAUGAAAAAUAAUCAUUUGCCACCAAAGUUAUGCGUGUGUUAGUUUUACCUUGAAGCAAAUCAAUAGCGCAGCUCAAACCGAUUUGCAAUUGGCUUGGAAGUGUCCAUUGGGUUGCGCCACCCCAGAGGUCGAGCCAUCCAAAGUGUGUACAUAGCAAUCUAGACUCGCCUAGCCACUCAUUAGCUUAUCGAUCGGUGAUAGAACACUAUGCAACAGUGAACCCCCCCUAUAUCGGUCCCAAUUCACCGGAUUGACGAUGGCGAUGGAGGUGGUUGCAUAGUGGGAUUAGUGUAACUGUUAGCUCUCAUAUCUUAGAUCUUCCAUUAUGUAGAUGUUUGUUCCGUUCUGUAAAUGUCUCAAAACGUCUUACAACUAGCAAUUCAAUUGAAAGCUACGUCUUCAACCUGUCCAAGUACCUGACUCUCUCUGAAAUCCAAGAAGAUACUAUGCGAUAUGUACAUAGCUUAACUUUGACUCCUCUGUCGCUCAAACUAGCUUUUCUGUUACUCGAAACUUUGCUUGUUGUCGUCGUUAUUAACUAAAAGAAUUCUACGGGUGCAAUAUGAAUUUAUACCAAAUUAAGGACUCGAACAAUCAGGCAAACAAACAGGCUUCAAGACCAGUUCCCCGUCGUAGGAGAUCCAAGUACAAAAUCAUAAUCACUGCAAUUGUUAACUAAUUAUCUGCCCAUCCUCCAUUACGUUCUUCAAACUACGUACAUACAUAUAUCCAAUAUCCAAUAUAGCAAUAUGCAUAGGGUGCAUUUCAAUUGUGCUUCAGACAGUCGAAAGUUUUGAGAUUGAAGAUUGGAGAUUGGAGAUUGCGGCAGCUUAAUGAAUUAAUCCCUCAAAAGGCUCGCCCAUCCAUUUCUGUACCACUGCAUGUAUGCUUAUGAUGGCUAAGCUCCUUCGAUUCCGAUUUUGCAAUAAUUAAUGUGUGCAAUUAGGAUUGAUUGCCCCACACCCCGCCUUGCCCCCCCAAGGUCGGCAAAUAAAUCGAGCACAAGAAGGUUUUUGUGCGGGAAAAACUAAUAACAAUGGCGAGACGUCAGUUUAAUGGAUGAGUAGGAACAAGCCAUGGAAAAAUGUUGCUCAUUGUUUUCAAAAAACAAACAAAGUGGGGUGAAAGAAAGUAAGCAGAACGAGAAUGAGAAAUUCCAAACAAAUGGCAAUUAUUAAUAUUGAAUAUGGUAGCGCAUAAGUGACAUAACAUACAUAGCUCAUAGAGUCCUCGUUGUGUAUGUGUAUCGGUGUAUCGAUGUGUCGGUGUGCAAGCAUGUCUAGUCUAAGUGUACAUGUAAAUGCAUUAUCCUUAAGCAUUAUCCUUAAGCUCCGAGCAAGAUUGUUAAACUCAAUUGAUUGCCACGCAUCCUAGGCUAAGCUGCAACUGCAAACAGCAAACUGCAAGCUGCAAACAGCAAACCUAGAUUUAUAUAUUGAGUGUACUAUACUGUAACUACCAUAUACAAACUACACAAGGAGAUUAAAAAGCGACAACUAAGACGGAA